UGGAUAGUCGGCGGAGCAAGACCUACCCUCCGAGGUCUUGGCCACUUCACCAACCUUUUACCAUCACUGCCGCUAUCCGCAUUACCAAGAAAUCACCCGUUCACUGCCUUCGCCUGGUGAAAUAGUGCCUCAAAGUCAACUUUUAUCGCUCGUGGGGAGAUCGUCUCCCCUCUUUCUCUCUCUGUCCCUCUCUCACUCUCACUCUCCCUCAGAUAGUUCCCUGCAUGACGGUUCGUGCAUGUGACACUAGCUAUGCCCCGUUCCCGGCGUGACACUGCUGCUGCUGCUGCUGCCCUGUCAUGACAUAAUACGGCCCGAGGAAUUUAGUGCGAAGUUGACAAGGCGAGAAGAAGAAGAGGAAGAAGAAGGAGAACAACAACAACAACGAUGGUGAACCUCUGGCUGAACUUGUCUGCCAAGGGCAAUGGACAGGUCAUUCUCUCGGGUGACCGCGACGAUGCAUGAUGAAAAGGUAUAUCUGUGUGAUGUGGACGAGUGUCGUCAAAGUUUCCCUAAGUUGAAUUUCCUCCAGUGUGAUGACGCACACUUCCAGUAAGGUCGAGGUGUGUGACGGUGGCCCCAUGUGACGUCCUCGAGGAGGAGUUUGGAUGCGGUGGAGCGAAAUCCUCGUCCAGAGUUUCCCGAAGACUCGGAGCCAGGAGAGCUUUUUUGAAGUGGACAUUUUUUACAGACCCAACCGGACUCGUUACGAUUGGAUGCGAUGUGAUCUGUCAGUGGGGAAAUACUAUUUCUAAUUAUAUUAACAAAUGUAAAAGUGACUCUAUGUGAUGAUUGGCUGUGAUAAAAAGGCGACGAGAACUGAACCCAUCUCUUGUUUUAUACUCAUGAGCUAAGGGUCUACCGAGUUUCAAGCUGAACCUUCAUCAUCAUCAUCAACAACAUCAUCAUCAUCAUCAUCAUCAUCAUCUGCGUGAAGAUCAUCAAGAUCAUUGCCAUGACCUCCCUCAGGUAGAGAGUAUACGGGUGGAACGGAAGAAGAGGAAAUUGUUUUCUCUGCGAUUUCUGUCUCUCUCUUUGUUUGUAAGCAUCCAUGGUGUGAUCUCUCUCUCUUCAUGACCGUCAUCGUCUGCCGUGAUCGAUCCCACAACAGGGUAUUUAGCAUAAGUUGUAUAUUUUUAUCGAAGCCCAUCCAAGUUGCCUAAAACCAAUAGACAUUUAAUCCCCACCUGAAGAGCCGACCGUAAGUUUCUCUGGACUGAAUCGGUCUCUCGUUGGUCGACUGUGGAACGUGGAAAGUGAACCUUUGUACGCGAGGAAGCUAUAAACAUUAUUUCAUUCAGUUUGGAAGUGACGAUGCUCCGUACGCGCUGCCGCCGUGUGUGAAAGCCUAAAAGACCUGCUGUGAACAUUGGAGAGAGUCAUUCGAAGGACUUGGCACCUUCUUCAAAAUGAUGAUGAGCAUGCCCGUGACGUCACUAGCAGGAGGGGCGGUGCCAUCACCGUUGACCAAUCAUGGUCAUGAUCUCGCCUCUCCUCCGGCCAAUCACAGCCACAGAUUCGACUUUGCACCGCAAACGUCACCAACUUCAACAUUUAUCAGGGUGAAGCAGGAGCCCGGAUCUCCUGGUUGCAGUAGCGAACCGCCAACUCCGGGUCCAAUUUUGGACGACUCAGAUCUCCACAAUUCCUGUUCGCCAACCUCUUUGCACGACGCCUUCUUCGAUGACCUCAUGGGAAACGCAGAGGUCGGAAAGCCCCUGGGGAGGGGUUUCCAUUCAUCCAGAGGAGAACAGAGUUACCAAGCGGCAGACAGCACUCCCACGCCGACUACCGCCACACCUACCAAUAAGAACUUCGUCCCUUGCAAAGUGUGCGGGGACAAGGCAUCAGGCUACCACUACGGGGUCACCUCCUGCGAAGGAUGCAAGGGCUUUUUCCGUCGCAGCAUCCAGAAGCAGAUCGAGUACAGAUGUCUGCGAGACGGCAAGUGUCUGGUCAUCAGACUCAAUCGCAACCGGUGCCAGUACUGUCGGUUUAAGAAGUGCCUAGCCGUUGGCAUGUCCAGAGACUCAGCCGUAAGGUACGGUCGCGUACCCAAGAGGUCUCGAGAGCGCGAGGGCGAGAUCCGCGGCGAAGGAUCUGAGGUGAUGGCCAGGGAGGUCGAGAACAAGCAGCUGGCCAUCUACGAUAUCAUCCUGACGAUAUCCCAGGCUCAUCACGCCAAUUGCGCCUACACUGAAGAGAAAACAAGAGCGCUCGUCAGGAAACCCAUCAUUUUUAAUUCUUCAGAGGUCAACAGCGACCCAGAAGCCGCUACUUCCACCAUGGACGCCUUAGAGCAACAGAAAAUCACUAUGUGGCAAAGUUUCGCUGUCUUCAUGACCCCUUCCAUACAACGGGUGGUGGAGUUCGCCAAGAGAGUUCCAGGUUUCUCAGACUUGACGCAAGAUGACCAGCUAAUACUGAUCAAAGUUGGGUUCUUCGAGUUAUGGUUAACACAGAUCAGUAGAAUGGUCAGCUCCCUCGACAAUACCCUGACCUUUAGCGAUGGGUCUUACGUCACGAGGUCACACAUGGAGAUGAUGUUUGACCACGAUUUCGUCUCCACGGUGUUCAACUUCGCACUCACGUUGAAUAAUCUAAACCUGAAUGACACGGAGCUGGCACUCUUCACGGCAGUUGUGCUGCUGACAGCAGACAGACCUGGCAUCACCGAUGGCAAGAUCAUUGAGCAGCAGCAAGAUAAGAUUAUAGAAGCUCUCAGGGUACAGGUGGGAAGGAACCACGCAAGUGAAACGCACCUCUUCCCAAAUGUGGUGAUGAAAAUGCCAGAACUUCGUCAGAUUGGAGCUAAGCAUCAUGAACACUUGAACUGGUUUCGCUCAAAUUGGUCAAGACUCAAACUUCCCCCUCUGUUUGCUGAAAUCUUCGAUAUUCCAAAAUGUGAAGAGGAUCUUUUAUGAGCGGUUUGCUUAGGUAAAUAAUUAUGGUGGUAGUGUCAUAGACCCCCUGUUCCGGUGGACCAAGAGUGUGAUAGAUUCAGCCCUCCCUGUGUGUGUGUAUGUGUGGAGCCCCAGUCUUAUCUCAGCACCACAUGGCCAAUGCAAACCACAACAAACACUCAGUACCACAGUCACGCUGAAGUUCAGAGGACUUCCUCCUUCCCGCAGGGCAGAUGUUGGAAAAGCUGACAGAAGUUGUGAGGAAUUUUCACCAGGAAAAGCUCAGCUGGUCUAAGCCCACUUUCAUGUCGGUGCAGUUUGCUUUGGGGUCUUCAGGACAAUUUUUCUGGCGAAAUAUGAAGCCAGUGUGCGCACACAAGUCCUUCCUUAAACAAUUUACUGAAGAGCAAUGAAACUUGAUGUGAAGAGGUGAAAGAUAAAAUGACUAGGAGUGUAGGUGGACAAUUCUAUGAUACCUUUGUGCACUUCAUGUACAGUACUGCAGAUCAUCUUGCAAAUGAUCAAUGGUUCUCAGAGAAAUAUAGAGGCCUUUGAAGAAACUGUAUAUUGUAAUCAUUGUUCUCCCAAUAAUGAUGAAGAAGGUGCUCAAAGGCUGUCCACAAAAUGUUAAAGAACCUGUGCUCUAUUGUAGAGCUGCUUUGUAAGAAACUGGCUUCCAUUGCCAAGAGAUUAUUAAUAGUGCAGCUGUUGAUAAUGGGUUAUGGCGACAUUUGCGACAGUAGAGGUUAAAAUUCUUUUGUACAUAAAACAUUGAAUAUAUUUAAUACUUACGGGACCUGAUAGUCGAGCGUGUUGGACUGAGAAGCAAUUACCCACUGCCAUGUUGCAUCAAGGCCACAUGUCCCUGGUAGGAGGCACCAUUUGACCUACAUGACGAGUGUUACCAAUAUUUAUUUAUCCUAUUGUGUUCUUGGUGGCGUCUAGUGGUAAUCUAGACACCAAGACAAGUGGCAUGAACAGUGUCCAAAAAACCAAACACUGAUAGAGAAUUGGGCUAGUCGGAGAUGGAGCUUCAGUUUCCCCACCAGAUGCAUUAGAAUAGAGUAACUCUGAUGAGGUAUACAAAUUUGGAUGUUGUUGUUUAUCUCAUUUCGUUUUCCAAUACCAAAAAAAAAUCACAUUGGAUUACCAUUGUACCCUAUUUGUUUGAUGCAUAAUGAGGUAUGAUAAAUGAUCAUUGACACCACACCAAAACCAAAUCACUAUUGCUGAAUUGUUGAUUGUUGCCUGUAUAGUCAACCUCUGAGUCAAGCUAUGUUCAGAAGUUUCUUAAAAGGAUGCAGGAGGAAGAAGCUGUACUAGGUGUUUAGUAACUUUAGUGGAAGAGCACAAUAGCAUACUUCAGGACUGCUGCCACGGCUGCCGAUGUUAUUUGUGAUGUUAAUAGUGUAGCGCCCCUUGCAGCGAUGCACUGUUGCCAGCUCUUAGUUUAGAAUCAUCCGCAGUCAGUUUUUCAGUCGUUUAGUUGCGGCAUGUCGCAUGUGUUGGAUCACAACUCCAAGAAUUUCUCUUUAGUUUAGGACACUUAUUGGAGCCUCAAUAAAACUUUCAUACUCAGUUUGUUUACCCAAGGUAACCAUCUCACAAUGUUAGAUCACAGUUUCUACACGGGAAGCAUCAUGCAAGUUCUUCCUCUUUGUGGUUUGACCACUUGUAAAGCACAAAUAAAGUAUCUACAAAUGUAAACCCUCCCCCACAGUAUACCACUAAACCAGUACCACCAUGUUAUGUGUUCCUGGUUGCAUUAUACUCCCUGCAGGGAUUGACUUGCAUUUUGCUUCUCUGUAUUGACAGUGAUGUUGUUUAGCAUUUUUACACAAUGUAAGGUUGAAAUUUUGUUGAUAAAUCAGACUAGCAGCUAGUCCAGUCAUUAGAUUCCAAAAGAAUAAACCAUGAAAUAGAAGCUACAUUACACUGACCUGCAAAGUUGAGAUUACAAAGCAAAAAUCUUUUAAAGAUUAAUACUCUAUAGAUGCACAGAUAGAGAGAACUGUUCUGAAUCUAGACAUGGUACAUUAUAAUACUUGUAGGUGAAUACAGUAUCCUCCAAGUAACAGUGACAUUUUGAAAACAGGUGCCCCAUUAUUCGAAUGGUACAUGAAGCGAGAGACUUCGUUUCCAUUCCAGAAAGAAAUGAAAGUACUGCUCCAGUACUGUGGACUGAUUUAUAAUGCCUGGAAGUGGCUCUUGAGCACUAUUUUAGUGAUGCGUUAUGUCCUUCAAGCGUUUUGUUGUCUUCUUUUGGAUAUGAUGCCAUAUGUGUAAUGAAACAGGGAAACCUCAGUGUUAGCCUAGUACUUAAAUACGAGUUUGACUCCACAGAUAGAACACUUACACAUGUGACAUUAUGUGCUGUUGGCAGAAAGCGUCACCACCGAUACCUUGAAGUGUACUUUAUUAUUAAUUUUCCAUAAAUAUACUGAUUCUUUCAGUACUGUUGUGUCGAUGAAAAGCAAGGAUUUUGCAGUGUAAACAUUGUACAGUUUCAUCCAGAAUAUUGUCAGGAUGUGUUAUUUUAUUAAGAACAAAUAAAUGGGUAUAAAGUAUGAGGCCGGCUGCAUCACUAAUCAGCUAGUUUUAUCUCCCAUUUUGAAACCAGUCAGACGGUUUUGAGUUUUUUUCGCUUCUGUUGUCACGUUUAUAUUGGUCUAUGAAUGGCUAUCUGCAAAUCAAAACGUGAGAUAGAAUUAGAUGAGCAGUCAUGAGGACGACUCAUACAUUACCAGAGAGGUUUAGUGCUGUUAAGCGCCAGCGUCGUGUUGUUAUGGAGAGUCAGAGCCUCUGUCAUCUGGGUUCCCAUCUGAUGUGGUGUUUUUCGCUGGCAGCUGGAGACAUCCAGUUUAGGUGCCACAUGCACGCUUCUAAGGGGUGAAGGAUUCCAACCUACAUUCAUUUUGUUUUUUGUUUUUAGCUCACACUGGUUCCAUUUCACCAUCUUUAUCCAGGAAAUUCGUUUCAUUACAUCUGAAUUCUGCUUACUGGGCCCAACCAGUCUUUACUUGAGCUGCACUGAGACAGUAUCUCACCUGGAUUAUUAAAAAAGAUUAAUUUUUGAUUGAGGGCGAGUGUGAUCUCAGUGCUGAGAUGUAAACUGCCUCUUUUUGUUGUUUUUUCAUUAUUAUUUUAGGGGGAUGGUGGAAAUUAAUGUUGAAUUCAGUGGUAUCAUUUAUUUCCUUAUUCGAGCCCUAUAAAAUGUGAAAUAUUUGUGACCAAGUAACUUUAUGCUGCUAUGAAGGACUUCUGUCAUUGGUUACUCUCCAUGAUAUUCCGCAAAUAGUGAAUCACUGAAUUUUCACAGCCUUUUCCGCUCGUGUCAGGUAAUUCUCCAAAAAUGGAAUGGUCACCAAAUUAAGGAGUAUAAGAAAGAAAAGUAGAUUCCCGUCUUCAGUCAUCAAGAAAAAAUCAUUGGUGAAAUCACUUGAAUUGCAGCAGAUAACCAAUGGCAAGAUGCCUUAUGUGAAAAGAGUCCAAAAGGUAUUGUAAUAUUCAGUUUUCAGAAGGAUUGGGACAGUGAAAUGAAUAAAUGAUUAUACUGAAUCCAGGGGUUUUGACAGGUGUAAAUUGUGUGCAUUUGGUUCAUUAGCAAAUGCAAUGGGCAUUAAACCUUAAUGGCAUUACAAAGAGGCAUUGUGAAAGAUGAAAUAGGGACGUUGCAAUUUUUCUUUCCUUUGGAGUAGCUCAAGAGGAAUAUAAAUAUAUGAUUAGUUGUUAAUGUUGUUACCACAUGUAUAUAUAAACGACCCCCUCCCCCUCCCCCUCAAUAGGUCCCUAUCCGAGAGCCCUCCGCCGUCUUCACUUUCGUUUUUGAAUUUCUUCUUUUGGAAGAGAGGUAGACCCCGUUCUUGUCCAUGCAAUGGAUGCCACGGGAAUUUCACCUCUACGGCUAAAGAGUGACAAGAAUGCUUUUGACUGAGAAAAGUACCAUCCGUAGCCUGUCUAUGGAGCUUUCUAAAUGGCAGCGUUCGCCUACAGUAAAAAGAUUUUAGUGACGAGCUUCUUAGAUUGAGUAUUCAGAGCCUCUAGUUCUUAGAUUCAGAAAUGACAAGAGUAAACCGAAAGGAAUUUUCAAUUUCAUUCAUUUGAUUUGGUCCAUUUAAUGCUCGAGUCGAUACUUCAUUCAUGAUUCAAGGCUACUCAAGAAGCAGAAAUUUCUCCAGAUAGUGGACGCAGCCAUCGUUUUUGUUAUUGUUGAAGAAAAAACAAAUUUCUCACUCGCUGAAAUUGUUUUUCUUUUUAUAUAAUUUCGGAGCCUUUGUAUCCUUCUAAGCAAUGUGAAGACCUAAGUUAUAUUUUAAUAAAUAGAUAUAAUCAGA